GGCUGAUCCGUGCGCGUCUCCGUGCGGCUGCAGAGGGAGAAACGUCUCAAAUGCGAAGUUUUCUUGCAGUUUCUGGUCGAAAUAAGCGUUUCAGUGAGGCGGAAUGAUGCUGUGCCUGUGCUGCCAGGUCUGCGGCGCCUCAUAUGAAAAGAUGUUUGCUUUCAGGAACCAUAUGGAUUCAUUUGAACAUCAACAGAAAAUGAAAAACAUUUUCCCCGAAGCUUCCCCGAGUAGAAGUCGCUUCAUUCCCAACAUCGUUUUUGUGGAACCCAAAUUCCGACACGAAAUUCUAAAAAACACCAAAGGCCCAGAUCUGAUUACGUUCUGUUUCAGCUCAGCUAGGUUAGAGGGGUUUUACUUGUGCCACAUCUGUGAGCAACGCUGUCCAAGUGACAGUAUUUUAGACCACAUCUUUUCUCAGGACCAUUGGAGUAACUACAUAUGCUACACAAAUCCCAACGAGCUCAGCUUUUCCUGGAUCCCCAACAUGAACACGAGAGGGAUUCUGGGGGAGAACCUCAAAAAGGGAAAUGAUAAAAGUUUCCUGAGCCUGCAGGUGUUGAAUUUACCCUUGAAUCUCGUUGAAAAGCUCCACAUAAAAACCUACUCAGAAGUUAUGUUCACUCUGUGUGAGAACGAGCACCUCCUGAAGCUGUUUGAAGCCAUCCAGCCAAAGAGGACAACAAUAGAAACCUACCAAAACGACAGCAGCAGGAUGCACCCGCUCCUCGGGCUGCAGCACGUUGUUGAGUGUGUGUGCGCCGAGCAGAGGCACUACCUGUGCACGCUGUGCCGCCGGACUGUGGCCACACACAUGAUCAUCAGACACCUCCUGAGCUUUGACCACAUCUAUUGCUAUUUUAAAGUGUGGCACCCCUCUACGUUAAUGUCGAGGGAAUCCUACACAGAUCACGACUCCUUUGCCCCCCUGAUCGCGGAUUUAGCAAGGCAGGAGGAAAUUCAUGGGACUAAAAAUGCUCUUAUGAAGCGUGUGAGCCUGAAGCCCAAUGAAUACAAGGCAGUGGACUUCACAUGUUUUGCGGCUGCUUUGGGGAAACUGGAAUCAAUCACGAAUAGCAGCUUGACAGUGGACUUUGAACCGGGGAACAAACUUGAGCAUCGAGCUGCUGUGGCCCAGCUGAGGUCGGCAGAACUAGAGUUCAGAUGCAGAGUGCACUGCCAGCACUGCAGCGACACCUUUGACAGCAUGGCCACAUAUUUCAGGCAUCUUUCCACGUGGAAACACGAGAAUAUGCUGUGGGAGAUCUUUGAUGGAGUGGAAGUCUAUGUGGGCUUAGACGAAUAUGCAAGUGAAAGCUUGAGGAGAAAUCAACCAGCUGUUGGAACGGGCUUGGUUGUGACCUGCAUCAGCACUGAGGCAGAGGCUGGGACAUUUUAUUUGUGCUUUGCAUGUCGGGAGUCUUUCCUUCACUCCGUUCCGCACAUGGACUCACGAAAUCAUCUCAUAAACACUCUGAUGUACCAGAAUCCGUGGCGGCUGCCUUUCGGUUGGGAGCAGGAUCUGGAUGACGACGCGCUGAGGUCCAUGGCUUGGGAGGAGGACCUGGAAAGGAGGCAGGAACAGAUUGUUCUGAAGCUUUUUGAUAUGCCAUUCUCCAUAUUUUGGAGCCUAGACUGGUGCGACUACAAACAAGGGAGACAGUUCAUUGUGAAUCACGAUCUGAUUAUGAACAGGGUGCAGCAGGUCCUCUCGGUGGGAUCGCUGUGUUUACUUUGUGAGAGAAGGCUGUCAGACCCUGAAGCCAAAGCCCACGUGUUCAGCCGGGAGCAUGUUUCAACAUUUCUGGAGCGUUUCCAUCCAGGCUCGCUGGACUCCGGCUCCGUCGGGGCAGAGGUCUUAUUGGACCUGGCGAAGCAGGCCGCGAGCCUUCACACUCCAUCACAGGAGCAGGGAACUUUUCUGAAAGCUCAUUACCAAUUCAGAACCACAUACUAA